AUGACGAGUAAUGAGAUAGACCCAGCAGUGAAGCUGGCCGAUGAGUUCAAGAAACGAGGAUCGUUUGAUGAGCAGAAAAGCCGAAUUCUCGCUGAAGUGAUUGAGGGCACAGACGGGAUGAGUUUAGAAGAAUUUGUGCGGACUAGGACUGCUACAUUGGUCAAUACGAUAGUUCAAGAAGACGAGUCGUUGAUCUUCAAAAAUAGAGGCUCUACCAGUGCUUUGAUUGAAGGACGACUCGUGAAAAACGGAUUUGAGGAAUUGAAUACGGAAAGUAUACAUAUAGAUGCUAUUUUGAGGAAAAUGGUCGAAGAUCCUGCUUUCAAAGAGAGUUUGAAGGAACGUUUGCUUGCGAAAUGCGACUACGACAUGACAGAGAAAAAUGAACGCGUUACGGGAGAAAAGGACAGUUCAUCUGCUGAAUAG